GUGGACGUCCGCAGCAGGCGCGCGUGGGCGCGCGUGCCCCAGUGGCCGAUGAGCGCCUUGCUGAUCAGAGGCGCGUUUCGGCCAGUUUACUUGUGGGAAGGCGCCUGCAGGGAGACGGACGCCGUGCUUUUCAGGGAGGCCUUCGGGAUGCGCGAGGCGGCCGCCGUUGCACCAGUGCAUCCCGCCGCGCCGUCUGCAUUCGACGUUCGGGGUUCGCCGCAGCUGGAGCUGCGAUCGACCGCCAUUGACAUGGCGGCAGCGACGGCCAGCGCCUGCUACAACGCCCUCCAAGAGCAUGGACAGCAACAGCACCGAGAGGAAGUGCUUGCGUCGCUGCGCUUCCUGGGGCACGCCUCUGACGCACUGCGGACCCACGGGGAAAACCAGCUGGAUGGCACCAGGAUCCAUGCCGCAUCCAAGAUCUUGAAUGCAGUAAUGAUCGCAACACGCUUGCACGGUUCUGCUCAUUUGGGAGGCGUGCGAAGAAAUUCCAUCAGGCAUUGCCUUUACAAAUCGAUUGCGGACCCUAUCUUGGAGAACCUCACGUCGGGAGGUGUGGUGUCAUCUUCUACCGUGCAGCGCUACUUCGUGGUGCUCGAUGCUGCUUUGCUGCUGGCCGACCAGAUGCGAUUUGCAACUAACCCGCCGCCCGCUGAAUAUAUGCCGUCGGACGCCAGCCCCCUGUUGGGCACAGACUGGCUGCUGACGGAGACGUUCGAGUGCAGUGAUCCUGGAAGGGCGUGGGAGAUUGCCCAACAGUUGAUGUACCAUCGGGGCGACGCGAGGCUGUCGUUGAGCGGGGACUUGCAGCCAGACGAGAUGGACCCUGAAGAUUUCCAGCACUACGACGCGGCGAGCCGCAAGGUUCGGGCUCUGUCGCAAGAGCUGGCCGCGAUAUGGGGCCACAUAAUGCUGACUGCCGUAGGCUUGGGGUCUCAGGCCACGGGCGUGAUGGGCAAGAUGCGCGCGAUCGUCCACUCGUUUCGGCUGAGCUCACGCACCAUGUUAUCGUGUCAGCAGAGGGCCCAGCGAAUCCUGUCCGCGACCACCGACAUGGGGGCGGAAGCGGGGUUGAGCGCCCGAGCAGUCGACAUGAUGGAUGUGUUUCCCCAUUGGUUUGAUUUUGAUGUGGUCCCUGAUGGCGGGGGGGCCGAGGCCAUGGACGUCUACCAGGAAGGCUGUCCAACUGCAACGCCAGCUUUCGAGAUUACAGUGGGCGACGGCCGCGCGCCCCCCGAUCACACCGACAUUGGAGGCGUGGCAUUUGGCACCGCGUGCGACGACGGCGCCGUGCCGCGCGGGCCCGCCGACGCGGGCAGUGGCGGCGCGGCUUUCGCCGUCGUUCGCGACGACGGCGCGGCCGCCGACGCAGCCGCAGCUGGGCCCGAGACGCAUGCGGGCGGAGAAGGUGAUGCACCGACAGCAUUCGUAGUGGAACCAGACGGCGGCGGCGGCGCGACCUUGGACAUCGCCCAUGUGGACGCGCCCAAGGAGCGGUUAAUCGAGCGCUGUUUCAAGGCCCCCGAGGCCGAGGGCCACCAGAAGGCCUUGAGGGAGAUGCGGACGAAGCCAACGGAGUGGCGCUUCGGGCCCUGGGUGCCAGCGCUGCAGCAGAUGCAGUUCACUGAG